AGAAGCUCGCUAAAUACCCAUUCAUUGCUUUUAUAGGUUGUCUUAGAUGCACCUCACAGUUCUGAUGCCGGGCAUCAGAUUGGAAGGGCUAAUAGGACCCAGCGUUUCUCGGAUUUGACCUCGUGGUUACACGGGCAAAUACACGUGCCCGCCAUAUACUUCACCGUCUCACCAUCUCCAACUACAACAGGAGGGCCGCAGAGCCGACCACCAAUAAUGAAAGUGUGUAGCAUCUAGCUGUCCCGGUGGCCCAAGGCCGACGCCGUGAAAAUGCUUAUAGGCCAACAUCUCCCAUCUCCCAUCUGCCAGACCCAACUUCCGCUCCCCCAGACACAAUGCCUCCAGCCCUCUCAGACCUGUAUGAACAGGCUACCCAAAUCCAGUCCGUUGACUGGUACGGAAUAUGGAUUGCUGCCUUGCUGGGCGUCUGGCUGAUCACGCGGUCGGCGCACCGGCUGGGUCGGUGGACUGUCGAACGCCCGUUCGCGGCCUCCUUUGGACGGCGUCUCGGCCGCGAGUUGCCGUGGCUUCUCCAGGCUAUUGACAUCGCCACCGCUCUCGAGGCGAUCUUGGUUGGGGUGCUCUUGGGCGCCAACAUUGUCCUCCUACUCGUGUCGGCCCAUGGCUGGGCCGACGUCCAGCAACGUGCGGCGAAGCUCGCCGUCCUGAACCUCUUGCCGCUCGGUAUGGGCCUGACCUUUAGUCUCCCGGCCCAUCUGCUCGGAAUCAGCCCCUCUGCCGUUGCGUGGUCGCAUCGCUGGGUUGGGCGGGUGAUGGCCGCCCAUUCCCUGCUUCAUGGAGCCAUUGCCAUCGCCAGAGCGGAGAACCCGAUCGCCUCGCUGAGGCAUGACUGGGUGCCUUUACUGGCAGCUGCCGCCGUUCUUCUCAUGAUCCCCGUGACCUUGCAUGCGGUCGUCCGACAGCACUGUCAGGUCGCCAUGAAAAUCCACUACUCUCUGGCGGUCACGGCAAUGGUGGCCCUGGCGUAUCAUACGUGGGACCAAGGGUCAGAAUCCCGCUGGCAAGUGGUUGGUGCUGGGGCCCUAUGGAUCGUGCUGAGUGCCGUCGCCGUCUCCCAUGCAGUUUUCGUUCAACAACGCUGGAGUGCUGGGCGCCCCGCCCUAACCAUAUGUCCCUUUCAUGAGCUGCUUCGCAUGGACAUUACAUACGUAUACCUCUGGUUGCCUCACGCAGGAUUUCGCUCGUGCUUCCAACUCCAGCCCUUCUAUGUCGCUUACUGGGAUGAUGCGCCCGGACCGCGCAUCCUGUACGUUCUGACCCGACCACGAGCCUCCAGCCUCAGUACACGACUCUAUCUCCGCGAAUGGCUACACCAGCGUCGACAGCCUGCACUGUUGCUGGGGCCAUACGGCCCAUCGAUCGACUUUUCUCCGUUUGGGACGAUCGUGUUCAUCGUAGAGGACACUGGCAUUUUGCGAGUGCUUCCCUAUAUCCGCAUGCUCGUCCAGGCGAGCGAGCAGCGGAGGGCAAUGGUACGCAAGCUGAAAAUCGUCUGGCAGAUACAAGACUUUGACCACCAAUGCUGGCUGGGCGAUUGGAUGCAGGACCUUUUGGACCUCGACCGCGGUGAAUUCAAGAUUCUUGAAUUUCGUCUGUAUUACCUUACAAAGAGGACAUCCGCUAACCCCGGUGAUGGGUUCGGAGAACGAAUUAAACUGUGUCAAGGGCCACUGAUGGCCAGAGAAAUCGCCCAAGGUCACCUGAGCAAGCGCCGUGGGAAGCUAGCUGUCGGUGUGUGCGCCCGUCAGUCCAUUCGCCAACCGGUCCAGGAUGUCGUCCAGCCUCGGACGGGGCCGGAUAUCAAACUCUUUGACCUCGACCUCGAGCCAGGUCAUGUCCGGGAGGCGCCUUGUCGCAACAAGAACACCGCCACUGUUCCGGCCUCAAGUGAUUCUCAGCAGUGGGUUGCCUCUCGCAUACUUGAAGGUUAUCGAGAAUAAAGUGAGUUUCAGCAUGCCUAGGACAUAACGAUUCUCUUUACGCGCAGCCGAUCCCAUGCGGCAGUGACAUUCAUCGCUGCUUCUCGUCUUCUCUCUACAGUCCGAUUCCUACACGCUCAGCACAGACCGUCACGGAUAAAUUACCUCCUUCAUUGGUUGGUGAACGGUCUAAUUGAUUGCGGGGCUCCUCCCCCUUUCCUCGGUAAGCCUUUGAUGCUGGCACAUCUGUUGUGCCGCCGCGAACAGAUCCCCCAAGGAUACCUUGUGGAGUCCUGCCAAUGCUUACCAUGACCGGUCGAAGAGCUACGACCGCUACAGUGCUUACAUCGUGAUCGCUUGACACUGCUCUGUUCUGGCAGGUUGUUGCGUAUGACAUUGCACGUGCAGUCUUCGGCUGUCAUUGAGCAGCUUUGGAGCAUGCGAUGGCGACUGCGCAAGGGUACCCAACCGGAGCCGUGUCCGAUCGCUGUCGGUGAAUGCUACAUGCUAGAUCAGCUGGAGCCUGGCGAGCAUAUACAAUUGCUUUCCCUGUGUUGGGUUGCCUCGAAGACUUCAUGUAUUCAAUCCAUAUUGUCGCAACCACCAGUACCAUCCGUUAGUUGAAGGUGCGGUCCGAAGA